UUUCCUCGCGUGCCCGCUAAUUCGAGACAUCCUUCAGCUCAACAGAACGAAAUUCUCGCGGUACCUAGCGACGAAUAAUCACAAUGGGUCGUCUCCAGGAGUACCAGGUCAUUGGGCGCCACUUGCCCACCGAGUCCAACCCGACUCCUGCCCUCUACCGCAUGCGCAUCUUCGCGCCCAAUGCGGUCGUUGCUAAGUCCCGCUUCUGGUACUUCCUUCGCGGUCUUCGCAAGGUCAAGAAGGCUACUGGCGAGAUCGUCACCUGCAACGUGAUCACCGAGAAGCACCCCCUGAAGGUCAAGAACUUCGGUGUUUGGAUCCGCUACGACUCCCGCUCUGGCACCCACAACAUGUACAAGGAGUACCGUGAGCUCUCCCGCACCGCCGCUGUCGAGGCUCUCUACUCCGACAUGGCUGCUCGCCACCGUGCCCGCUUCAGGUCCAUCCACAUCCUCAAGGUCGUUGAGCUCGAGAAGACCGAGGACAUCAAGCGCCCCUACAUCAAGCAGCUUGUUACCAAGAAGCUCUCCUUCCCUCUUCCCCACCGCGUCCCCAAGAUCUCCAACAAGAAGAUCUUCAGCGCCAAGCGCCCCGCUACCUUUGCUUAAGCGUUUAUUAUCGUGGCUGGGAUUGGGAGGUUCAGGUUUUCAUCACGGGAAAUGGGAUAUCCUGCAUUGCUCCCUAGAACGAGCAUGAAUGAAUAAAUGGUCAAGCAUGUGGUUGGUUUUCGUUCUGCAAGUCGAUCCUGCAUCCACCCUAGACUGCGUGCUCCAGCAAUGCCAUUGCUCGUCUCUGUGAUGGGGGAAAGCAGAUGAAUGCCUCAGCUGCUACGCGAACGCUGGGUAAGAUCCAUUAUGGAAGGCGGCUCUUCUCCAUGUCUUGAGCGAUCCAACACUUCACUUCCAGGAGCUGGCCAUCUCGCUAGCGCGGUUCAGCCCUUGGCAUCGGGGACCGCUGCAGCUACUUUGAACGUGACCAAGAGCUCACUGGAAGAUUUAUAUCUGUCAGGCGGUGUGACUCACUCGCCAAAGGCUAAAGCUAUAAGGCAGUGGAUGUGUGGGUGGAUAUAUAAUACCAGACUUAACUCUCUUCCCAUGAGAAAUUUGAACUUCACUUCCCAGAUCUUUUUCUUACUCCGGACUCGUUC